AUGGUGCAAUCAUCAAUUCUCGGUUUCCCACGCAUGGGCGUGAACCGUGAUCUCAAGAAAGCAACAGAAGCGUUCUGGGCAGGGAAGAUUCCAAAAGAGGAGUUGCUGAGCGAGGGCAAGAGACUGCGUCUUGAACACUGGCAGCUGCAAAAGAAGGCUGGUGUCGAUAUCAUUCCCAGCAAUGACUUUGCUUUCUACGACCAAGUCUUGGACCAUAUCCACCUUUUUGGAGUCGUUCCCGAACGGUAUUCCAAGUACAACCUGUCAGACCUCGAUGAGUACUUUGCAAUGGGAAGAGGUCUGCAGAGACCAGAGAAAGAUGGCGAGCCCGCUGUCGAUGUUUCCGCAUUGGAAAUGGUAAAAUGGUUUGAUUCCAACUACCACUACGUAAAGCCGACCCUCCAAGACAACCAGACGUUCAAGCUCUCCGGUACCGCUAAACCUGUGAUUGAGUUCAAAGAAGCCAAAGAUGCGGGCAUCUUGACCCGCCCUGUCCUUCUCGGUCCAGUCUCAUUUCUGGCACUUGCCAAGGCAGACCGAGGCCAAUCUGUGGACCCCAUUAGCUUGCUCGACAAAUUACUACCUCUCUAUGAAGAUGUUUUGAUGCAGCUCAAGGAUGCUGGUGCAGAAUCUGUUCAGAUUGACGAGCCAGUUCUUGUUUUUGAUAUACCAACAAAGGUCAAGAAUGCCUUCAAGCCUGCCUACGAGAAGAUUGGGGCUCUCGGCAGCAAAGCACCAAAGAUCGUCCUAGCCACCUAUUUCGGCGAUAUCGUUCACAACAUCGGCGUACUGGAUUCCCUGAAGGGACUCUAUGCCAUUCAUAUCGACCUUGUUCGUAACCCCGAACAGCUAGACACCGUGCUUGGCGCUCUUGGCCCUGAGCAGACUCUCUCCGCUGGUGUUGUCGAUGGCCGAAACAUCUGGAAGACAAACUUCAAGCAUGCCAUCGAGACGGUUGAAACCAUCGUCCAGAAGUUGGGCAAGGACAGAGUCAUCGUUUCCAGCUCAAGCUCGCUCCUACACACCCCUCAUACCUUGGCAAGUGAGAAAAAGCUUGACCCUGAGGUCAAAGACUGGUUCAGCUUUGCUGUUGAGAAAGCCGACGAGCUGGUCAUCAUUGCGAAGGCUGUGAACGAAGGCCCUGCAGCAGUCCGAUCAGAACUGGAAGCCAAUGCGAAAUCUAUGCAGGCUCGUGCUUCGUCGGCUCGCACCAAUGAUCCCAAGGUCAAAGAUCGACAGGCCAAGAUUACAGAAGAUAUGCACAAGCGGGCCUCGCCUUUCCCAACACGAAUUGCAGAGCAACAGAAGAGGCUCAACCUUCCCAAAUUCCCCACUACCACGAUCGGCUCCUUCCCUCAGACGAAGGAGAUCCGCAUCCAACGCAAUAAAUUCGUCAAGAACGAAAUUACUGCCGAAGAGUACGAGAAGUUUAUCGAGAAAGAGAUCCAGGAUGUAGUCAGGAUCCAAGAAGAGCUAGAUUUAGAUGUCUUCGUUCAUGGUGAACCUGAACGGAAUGACAUGGUGCAAUACUUCGGCGAGCGCCUCAAUGGGUAUGAGUUCACUACCCAUGCCUGGGUUCAAUCAUAUGGCUCCCGCUGCGUUCGUCCGCCUAUUAUCGUGGGGGACAUCUCUCGACCAGCUCCCAUGACUGUCAAGGAGUCUCAAUAUGCCGCCUCCAUCUCCAAGAAGCCCAUGAAGGGAAUGCUCACCGGUCCAAUCACCUGCCUGAGAUGGUCGUUCCCACGGGACGAUGUCCAUCAGUCAGUGCAGGCCCAGCAAUUGGCUCUUGCUCUCCGAGAUGAAGUCGUUGACCUCGAGGCUGCUGGUAUCUACGUCAUCCAGGUCGACGAGCCGGCCUUGCGGGAGGGUCUUCCUCUUCGUGCUGGGAAGGAGCGUGAGCGGUACCUGCAAUGGGCUGUCAACUCUUUCCGUCUGUCUACUGCUGGCGUAGAGGAUGGAACCCAAAUCCACAGUCAUUUCUGCUACUCGGAAUUCCAGGACUUCUUCUAUGCGAUUGCCGCUUUGGAUGCUGACGUCUUGUCCAUCGAGAACAGCAAAUCUGACGCGAAGCUCCUCAAGGUGUUCGUUGACGAGGCAUACCCACGCCACAUUGGCCCAGGUGUCUACGACAUCCAUUCGCCACGUGUGCCCAGCGAGCAAGAGAUCAAGGACCGGAUCCAGGAGAUGUUGCAAUACCUUAAGCCAGACCAGCUUUGGAUUGACCCGGAUUGCGGCUUAAAGACAAGGCAGUGGAGUGAGACCAAGGCCGCUCUGACCAACAUGGUGAAUGCUGCCAAGUACUUCCGCUCCCAGUAUUGA